CGUAUGUCCGUACAAUGUGUACGGAAGUGUUACUGCUGCUGCUUCGAGUCUCCAGCUUCUGGUGCUGUCAGAAAAUUGUCAGAACAUGUCUUCUCGUUAGGAAUAAGCGACUAUUCUUAACGGAGUAUAGACAGCCAAACGUACGGUUUUCACAGUAUGUUUCUAUAAUGAUUUUUGUUUGUAGAAAGCAACGGUAUCUUGUCUAAUUCACGUUAGACAAAACUUUCCAGCGACGUCCACAAUGAGUUCUCAGGAUGUACUGAAGAAUGCCUCUACGCUUGCAUCGUAUAAUGUGUUGCUACAGGUGAUGUUCCGCGUGCUCACAUUCUUGCUGAAUGCAUUCACACUGCGAUUUGUGUCCAAAGAGCUGAUUGGAGUUGUCAAUGUCAGGCUUACACUGCUGUACUCCACAUUAGUAUUUCUGUCUAGAGAGGCUUUCCGGAGAGCCUGUCUGAGUGGGGCAUCAGGCACAAACCACAGCUGGAGACAAGUUAUCAACCUGCUAUGGCUGACGUUACCUCUUGGUGUAUUAUGGGGAGCCCUGCUGGUCUGUGUGUGGCUGUGGCUUCUGGAGGUCCCAGAUCCUCAGACUGUCCCUUACUACGGGCCUGCUCCACUAGUUGAUUGGACUCUAGCCCGGCUCACCUGGAGCUUCUUCAAGCAGUCCUUCCUGAAGCAGAUCCUGACAGAGGGUGAGCGUUAUGUCAUGACCUUCUUGAAUGUUCUCAGCUUUGGAGACCAGGGUGUUUAUGAUAUCGUCAACAAUCUGGGCUCCAUGGUGGCACGCUUCAUCUUCUUGCCCAUUGAGGAAAGCUUCUAUAUCUUUUUUGCCAAAGUACUGGAGAGAGGACGUGAUGUCAAAAGUCAGAAACAGGAUAACGUUACCAUUGCAGCAGAGGUCCUGGAGUGUCUGCUGAAACUGGUGCUGGUGAUCGGUCUGAUUAUUGCAGUGUUUGGCGGUGCCUACUCCCACUUGGCUCUGGACAUUUAUGGUGGCUCUCUACUGAGCAGUGGAGCGGGCCCCACUUUGCUGCGAUACUACAGCUGCUACGUCCUCUUGCUCGCUGUAAAUGGUGUAACAGAGUGCUUUGUAUUUGCCGCCAUGAGCCAAGCAGAGGUUGACAAGUAUAACCUGGUGAUGCUGGCUCUGUCUGUGUCUUUCCUCUUCCUGUCUUACAUACUGACAUGGUGGGUAGGCAGGUUUGGUUUCAUACUGGCCAACUGCCUUAACAUGGGUCUCCGCAUCUUCCACAGCCUGCUUUACAUACACCACUACUUCCAGUUCAGUCAAUGGAAACCUCUGAGAGGCCUGUUGCCCUCCCCGCUCCUACUCCUGGCACUAGCUGUCAGUGCCAGCAUCACAACAGUGUCUGAGAGUGUUUUCUGCUGUGAUAACGGCUGGUUGAUGAGGCUGGUCCAUAUCGGUGUGGGAGCAGCGUGUCUGCUUGGCGUUCUUACAGCUGUUCUAUUCACAGAAACUCGCCUUGUUCAGUUUAUGAGGACUCAGCUCUUGCCUCGGUAUAGAAAGAAACACUUAAAUUAGACUGUUAUAUCAGCCUGGACAAAAACUUUGUUUCACUGUAAACUGUGACUACUGUACGACUGCGUGGGAACAACAAGUGAACAACAUUUUCAAACAGACCUCACAUAUGAGUAUGUGAAUGUUUACAAGUGUGAGUGUGUGUGAUGUUUUCACUGUAUCAUUUCUGUGAUGUAACAUGAAACUAUCAAUAAAUAUGUCAUGACUUUUUUAGGGAUCUAAUUGUGGGUGACAAAAAAAUGAAUUCAUUUUAAAAAAAGGUCACAUUUGAUACUGGAAACACACAAAACAA